CCACUCGCGGUCGCAGUACUGUGCAUAUGUGUGUUCUGUUCGUAUUUUCUUUUACGUACGCACACGCAUAAGCGCGCGUUCGUGUGCACAGCGAACAAGUAGCGUUGCCUCAAAGUCACGUCGUGCUUGCAAACGCAGUUGGUCGCCGGCAACCGCUUGUUGUUCACCGUCGUCGUCGUCGUCGUCGUCGUCUUGUACCGCGUACCGUCAUCAACAUGACGUGCGUCCAGUGGUUGCGAAGAAGUCCAUGCUACGUGGUGAAAUGUGUGUUACUAUUGCAACUUAUAUCUAGAACGAGCCAGGCAGGAUGUUCGGUGGACCAUGGCACUGGGAUGAACUAUCCAACAACCGCGGCUAGCGGGACAUGGACAACUCGUGGUGGCAUAUCUUCAUAUGGUUGGGACAGUCGACAGCCCAUUGAUCCAUGUAGCCGGUGUACAAACGUCCCACCACCGUUGCCCGGAUCUCAAUACACGACGCAAGGCCACGGUGGUAGCUUCAACCCGAACGACCGUGUCAGUGUUAGUGGAUAUGUGUCGGACAAUCGGGUUACCGGUGGCAGUUACGUAUCGGACAACCGGGGUGGUAAUGGUUACAGUUCAGGAAAUCGAAUCACCGGGUUGGGUUCCGAUAGCUGGGGCAGCGGUUACAAUUCCGAUAACCGAGGUAACAAUUACCACAUGAACAGUCGACCUGGCGACUAUAACUCAAAUGGUCAUAUUUUCGGUAUGAAUUAUGGUAGUAACAGUUACAUGAGCGAUAACCGAGUCAAUACUUACCAUAGUCAGAACACAGACAAUCAAAUCAAGAAUCCCGAUUAUCGCGGUAACGGUUACGAUAACUUGAGUCCGGAAUGGGAUCGAAGGCACACUAACAAGAAAGGUAGUGGAGUCAGCGGUGGAUACAGUGGUAGUAUGGGAAAUGGUGGUUACAGUGGUGGUUACAGUGGCAGUAUGGGAGGUGGUGGUUACAGUGGUAGUGUUGGAGGCAAUAUGGCUGGUGGUGGUUACAGUGGCAGCAUGGGAGGUAGUGGUUACAGUGGCAGUGUUGGAAGUGGUGGUUACAGUGGUAGUGUUGUAGGCGGUGGUUACAGUGGUGGUAAUAGUGGAUAUUAUCAAGGGACGUCCUAUUCAGUUGUCGAAAGUCAAGGACAAGGGAUGUAUAGUCAAGGAAAUUACCACAAACCCUCGAUCGACCGAUGGAACAUAAAAGGAGCGCACCCUGUGAAAGUGGAGACGGGAUACUGGCAAAGCCAACCACCCAAGGAUAUCGGUUGGGAUGAGGACAGCAAGAAAGUGGGAGUCAUAGCUGGAUGGAUCGGUGGACCGAAAAAGUAUGAGUCCGGUAAACCAUCCCAAACGUACGGUGGUCAUCAUCAGGCGGACGACAAGGACGACGAGUAUUUCAACAAGGGCACUGGGUACGACAACUCAGACCGGAAGAAACCUUUCAUGGGCUGGGGAGGCUCCGGUUCCUAUGACGUGGUGAAGAUGAACCAUGGGUACAAGUACAUCGACCGAAACAGCAACGGCGGUGACUACGGUUCCACCUACGGUAACAGCUACGGGUACGGAGGGCAGAGUUACAACGGCAAACCCGGUCAGGAUUACGGGUUGAAACCCACGAACUCGGUGGCCGACCACGGUAACUCGAACUACGACAAGCCCGUGAUGCACGGUUACGACAAGCCGGUUACGAUUGGCUACGUUAAGCCGACGAUCAAUCGUGAUGGACCCGCCGAUUACGGUUCCGGACCUUCUGCGGGAUGGAGCAGUACAUCGCGGCCGGCCGAGUUCGAGGUAACGUCUCCUAGACCGGUAGCAUGGGGCGGAUCACCGAAACCUGGGUAUCCGAUAAUAGCUUCACGGCCCACCCAGCACUGGGGCGAAAAUUCGUUUAGCGAACAUUCCGGUGGCGGCGGUGCAUCGAUGGGAUACGGCGGAUUGGUCAGCGGUAACGUUGGCUUGAGACCGGACCGAUACGGUGCUUCUAGACCGGACGGUUACGGUUCUUCGAGACCGGACGGUUACGGUUCUUCGAGACCGGACGGUUACGGAUCUUCGAGACCGGACGGUUACGGUUCUUCGAAACCGGACGGUUACGGUUCUUCGAGACCGGACGAUUACGGGUUAACGAGACCCGGGGCCGGAGGGACACGACCGAACUACGAUUCCGGCAGGCCUUUCGUGGGGUCCGUGCACCAGGCUAACCUUAUGGUAUCGGAUUACGGUUCUCAAAGACUGGAAUUCGACAAAUUCAGUGGUUAUUCGGACAACGGCGGUGGUGGCGGCAGACCUCAUCAGACGAACAAUCGGCCGGACUACGAUAACGAAAGACCGUUCAUGAACGGAAACGACGUGUACGGGUCACAACAACAACAGACGGGAUAUGGAAAAGGAUACGCGUCCAAUUGGGAUUAUCAAUCGAACUCUAUGAGGGGAUCGUCGUCCGCCGGCGGUUGGAACGAUCAGCAGCGAGAAUAUCUGCAGAGGAGACCGGACGGAGAUGUGCUGCAGUCGGGGUCGAGCUUCAGGCCAUCCGAGUCCACCCCUCUUCACUACAACGGUCACAGCGGCAUUGGCGCUUCGACCGACAACGGUUUUCUCUACAGGAACCCGUCGACGGUCAGCAGCUCGUCUACCACUCCGAUGCCCGCCACCGCCGAUUCAUGAUCGUCGCACAAUUUUCCAUUCGCUUGCCCAUCGUGUCGUGCAUUGUUCUCGAAAUUCUGUCGCGGGCAUUCUACCGCGUGAUUCGAUUCCACCGAAAUAUUUCCGUUUUAGCGUUUUAACCCUCCUCUUCGACUUUAGUGAUAAUAUUUUUCAACGUGCGGUCUACAACUUUAGCGAAAUAGUUAGCGGUGCUAUGCGAUAAAGGUGCUACAUAAAUGUUAAGUAUUAAUGGUGUAUUGUAACACUAUCGGGUUAUUCUUUGAAUAAUCGGGAACCAUACUAUAUUCGUAAAGCCAUCACUCAUACUUAAAGUUCAUGCUGCUCAACUUUGCUUAGGACAAAUGUUGUUUGGACGUUCUAACCAUGAAAAUGUUUAGCAAACACUGAAUAACCAAUAGGUGAUAUUGCACGACAUUGAAAUUUUCAUCGAAACGCUUCGAAAUAUUAUGAUUUAGAUUUUCAACGGGGUGAAUGAAUAAAUUCUUAAGAUUUUUAGUAAAAAUAUUGUAAAUCAAAAAAAAAAAAUAUUUAAUAUACCAUAAAAAAACCCGUAAUUUAAUUUA